AGUCUAGCUGCAGACUCCUCCUCUGUCAACAACCACUACAACGCACGGCCAGUACCGCAUGUUCUUGAAACACAGAGCUGCUGGCGUGACCAAGCGCUGCGGGAACAGGCAGUGGUGGCUUGAUUGCUUGAUGACACAUAGCAAAAUGUGUAAGACGUUAGACCUUAUUAGCCGAAAAAAAUAUUGCCCCGCGUAACGAGUGCCUUAUGCGUUCGAGUGAUGGCGUGUAAGGGCUUGUAGACUACUAGUCGGUCAUGUUUAUCUGUGGGAAUUGUGGCGGCGCUGCUUGAGAUGAACUCCGAAUCCUUCCAGCAGUUGGCUGGCUUCUACCCGACGCAUCGAUGACUCAAGGCGGUAUAGCUCCAGAAGCAUGCGCCUCUGUUGGAUGUUUGUGCGCCUGCUACUACGGAGGCAAACACAUGCCGUACUUUAAGAAGAAUGCCGUUGUUACUCAGGGCCAGAUUUAUCAAUUUAUCAGCGAGAGCUUCCUGACCGUUAAAGGUGCCGCCCUCUUCCUCCCCCGAGGCAAUGGCUCCCCCUCGUCCUCCCGCGUGCCUCCUCAGCGCAGCAAGCAUGCAGGCGACCUGCAGCAGCACCUCCAGAACAUGUUUACACUGUUGCGGCCAGAGGACAACAUCAAACUGGCGGUGCGGCUGGAGAGCUUCCACAUCCAGUGCACUCGUUACAUGGUGGUGGUCUCCACCAACGGUAGACAGGACACGGAGGAGAGCGUUGUAUUAGGCAUGGACUUCAGCCCGGCUGACAGCUCCUGUUCGAUCGGCAUGGUGCUGCCACUGUGGAGCGACACGCUCAUCCAUCUGGAUGGAGACGGGGGCUUCAGUGUCUCCACGGACAACAGGAUCCAUGUCUUCAAGCCCGUCUCUGUCCAGGCCAUGUGGUCGGCGUUGCAGUCUCUCCACAAGGCGUGCGAGGUGGCGCGCAGCCAUAACUACUUCCCCGGCAGCCUGUUCAUGACCUGGGUCAGCUACUACCAGAGCCGCAUCGCCUCCGACCAGGGACGCAUCAAUGAGUGGAACGCCAUGCAGGACGUGCAGUCCACCAGGCCGGACUCACCCCUGCUCUUUUCUGACGUGCCAACGGAACGGGAGAGAACCGAACGCCUCAUCAAGACUCGCCUGCGUGAGAUCAUGAUGCAGAAAGAUCUGGAGAACGUCACAUCAAAAGAGAUCCGUACGGAGCUGGAGAUGCAGAUGACGUGUAACCUCCGUGAGUUUAAGGAGUACAUCGACAACGAGAUGAUCGUCAUCCUGGGCCAGAUGGACAGCCCCACCGCCAUCUUCGACCACGUCUUCCUGGGUUCUGAGUGGAAUGCCUCCAAUCUUGAGGAACUGCAGAACAGCGGUGUGCAGUACAUCUUGAACGUGACCAGGGAGAUUGACAACUUCUUCCCGGGCAUGUUUGAGUACCACAACAUCCGGGUGUAUGACGAGGAGGCUACGGACCUGCUGGCCUACUGGAACGACACCUACAAGUUCAUAUCGCGGGCAAAGAAGGCAGGUGCCAAGUGUCUGGUGCACUGCAAGAUGGGCGUGAGUCGCUCGGCGGCCACGGUGAUCGCCUACGCCAUGAAGGAGUACGGCUGGGAGCUGCAGAAGGCACACGACUACGUCAAGCAGAGACGCACCGUCACCAAGCCCAACCCCUCCUUCAUGAGGCAGCUGGAGGAGUACCAGGGCAUACUACUGGCCAGCAAGCAGAGGCACAACAAGCUGUGGCGCUCCCACUCGGACGGCAACCUGUCGGAGCACCACGAGCCCCUGGUGAAGCCCACGCCGGGCCCCUUCACGCUGGGCCGCUCCAACCCCCGCAACCAGAGCUGCACCCAGCCCUCGCCCUCGCUGCAGGAGUUCCUCCAGAGCCUGGUCCCAGUGGCAGCAGCAGCAGCCCCACAGCCAAGCACCACACUGCCAGGAGAUGGAGGAGGAGGAGGUGGUGGAGGGGAGAAGAAGGAUGCGGCCAGACCCCUCUCGAAUGGCUUCUGUGAGCCCCGGGAGAGAUGUCGUUCGGCCCCUGCACAAACCCUGGUCCAGGCAUUGCCACAGCCCAAGGCUCAAGCCCAGGCCCAGACACAGGUCCCAUCUCAGGCCAAGGGCCCAUCACAGCCCCAGCCCCAUCCUCUGGCCCCAUCGCCCCACCUGCUCCACCCCCAGUUGCCCCAGCCCCGGGCAGCCACGAUCACGAUGCCCGAGGCUGCCCAGGUCACGGUGGUGGAGACAGUGCCCGUGGUGGUGGGCCGUCCUCACCCGCCCCCGGCCAUCCACCACCUGCCCCCCUCCCCCGUGCCCGCCGUGCGGGUCCCGCGGCCCGUCUCCGCACCCCCCGGUGCGGCGUCCCUCACUGUGCCUGACGGAAACGCGAGCGGGAACUCUCAAGCACAAGUGUCGCAAGCGACCGGCAAGGCUGCAAGGAACUCAAUGGAAUGCCCCAAGACUGGGCCGUCCACGCAGGUGCCUGACGGCAAAAGCAGCCAAGCCACGUGUAACCCUGCUACGUUUUUCAUCGGUGGGGCGGACGCGGACGCGGAGGGGAGCGAGGGGGGCAGCGGGGACCACCUCAGUGCCAUGCCAGAGCAGGCCAAGCUGGGCCAAGCCAAGCCGGCCUCCAGCGUGGACCAUAUCGACUUCUUCAGCGCUCGGGAGAAGUUCCAGGGCCUGGCGCAGGAGGGCCCAGCGGGGGGCUGCUGCCCCUCAGAGCUGCUGAUCCAGCAGCUGCAGCAGCAGCUCUCACCCCAGGACCGGAGCCCAGGCCUGCCCAUCGAGCAGGCAGCAGCACAGGAGGCCUCAGACACGCACAGGGACCAUCAUUCAAAGGAGGCUGCCGGCUCCAUGCACACUGUAGACUCCGGAGCCCACAGCACCGCUUGCCAAUCAAACUCCUGCCAGGCCAAUGAGGGGGCGGAGGAGGCGGGCCUUAAGAGGGCAGAGGAGGAGGAGGAGCCAGGAACGGCGGUCACGUCGGCGGAGGAAGGACCUCACCAGCCUGCUGCUGCUGCUGGCGGCGGCGGCGACCGACCGGAGGGGACGGUGCGGAGGGCCACCAGGGAACUGGAGCAGAGGCUUCGGCAGGAGCUGGACGUCCCCCCGGCUCCGGCCACCGCCAGUGCCCCUCACAGCCCCCCGCGCCGCUCCCCCGUGCACCUCUUCCCCAGGGACCGGGUGCCGGACGACAAGCCCCCCAGCCCGGAGCAGCAGAGGCUGGUCAAGCAGCAAGACGGUACAGGCACAGAGAGAGAUGGAGGAGAUGGAGGAGAAGGAGAAGAUGGGUCAAAAGUGGCGGAAGACAAAACGUACAAAGAAUGCGCAGGUUCGAUUGCCAAAGCGGCAGCUCCUCAAGUACUCAAGGAACUCAAAAUUGUCUCAAGCACAUCAUCGCCUUUGCCUGCUGAACUCAUUUAUACGGACAAAACACCCAAACACACCACGAGCACCAACACCACCACUACUCCUCCCACACUGUCCAGCACUGAUUACCCCCCUCCCUCCUCCAAACCGGACCUCACGGUGGCGGCCCCCAUCUCUGUCCUCCACCUGGACGGCGUCACCAGCAAGGACUCCAGCACAGACAAGGACGGCGGGAGGGAGAAGGACGCCGGCGCCGGCGCUGGCCUGUUUGGGCCGCGCACCGAGGCAGAGCUGCAGGAGGCCUGGGAGAUGCUGAAGGAGCUGGGCGCCUUCCUCUGGCAGGUGAGGAGCGUGCUGGAGGCCACAGGCCUGGGCCACCACGCCUGGUUGCCUGGAAACAGCUCCAGCUCCAGCAGCAGCAUCAGCACCAGGAGGGCGGGCCGCAUCCGGGACCCGCGGGAGAGGGCAGCCAGGGAGGCGGAGGCGCGGCUCAGGCAGGCGGGACUCACCCCGCCCUCGCCCAUGAAGCGCUCCGCCUCCUUGGCCAAGCUGGGCUCGCUGGAGUUGACGGCCAACGACCUAGGCCAAUGGGAUUUCGAUACAACCCCCACCCCCACCUCCACCAGCGACGCGUCACCCACCACCACCACCACCGGUCCUGGCACGGUCCCUCGCUGCUCCCCUCCUCCUCCUCCUCCUCAGCAGCAGCACGCUGACGACUCCUCGAAAAAGAAGAGGGUGCAGCCUCAGCCUCAGCCUCAGCGGCGCUCCUCAUCCCCUUCCACUCCUCCCACCCUCUCUCCCUCCUCUCCCUCCUCCCCUUCCUCCAUGCAUCCGCACACGGGUGGCAGGAAGGAUAGCGGUGACAAGGGGUGGCGUUGUCACCGCAACAGUGACCCCACUUCCACCACUUCCACCACCACCGCCACCACUGUGCCAGGGUCUGCCACUGCCACCUCGCGGCCAGCCGUCAGGCGCAGCAGCAGCGGCGUCGGGAAAGCACAGGACUCUAUUGGGCACGCUCCUCCCCCGCAGUCGGCCCCGCCCACCCUCAUCUCAGUGGCCACGCGGCAGCAGUACGGCAGGACACACCCCCUGCGCCGCCUCAAGAAGAGGACCGUCAGCUUUUUGUACCACACCGUGUGACCUUCUCGCUGUUUUACUGUGUGUGCGUGUGUGCGUGCGUGUAUGCAUACGUGCGUGUAUGCAUACGUGCGUGUGUGUGUGCGUGCGUGCGCGUGUGUGUGCGUGCGUGUGCGUGCGUGUUUGCAUACGUGCGUGUGUGUGUGCGUGCAUACGUGUGUGUGUGUGUGUGUGUGUGUGUGUGAAAGAGAGAGAGCGAUUUUGUGGUGAUAUGUGGGGUCAUUCAGGGCUGUAUGUAACUAGGACUGUAAUGUUAUUCAUUUGAUGUGUGUGUGUGGGGGGGGGGUCCCAGUGUGUGCACAUGUAUGAAGAGAAGGAGGAGGAGGAGAAGGAGAGAGAGAUUUGUGGAUUGCAUGAAUGAGGUCAGCCAGUUUAAAAAGUGAGUGUGUAUAGGUAUGCGAACAUUUUGUUUGUUAGGGAUUGUGCAUAAAAGGCUUGGGCCCAACUCAUAAUGCAAUAACUGCACAUAUGAAUGGAGAUGUUUCUGUGACUAGUUUCACAAUAUGCCACUUCACCCGAUUGAAUGAAUGAUAGUAAAAUGGUUACAUUACAUUACAUUGUUACGUAAUGUAAUGUUGUCAAAUGGUAAUAAAAUGGUUAUGUCAGCUGUGCUACGAAACUGGAGACAGCUGUACGGUCAAAUUCAUAGUCUGAGUUGUUAACACAUGAACACUGUCGUCUAUGCCUACAUUUUAAAGUUAUUAGGCAGUUUGUGCUUUUGGUCUCAUAAUUCAGUAGUUACUGACGUUCACAUUUCACACUUGCAAAGCAUACAUUAACACCAUGGUGGUGUACUUAUGUCACUUAGUUCUCUACGGGUUCAGAAAGCGAAUGGUAUAUGUAUAUGUUCAGUUAUUACAUUAUGAGGUGGCUCUGAGUCCGAUGUAAGUUUGCUUAUAGAGGCAUGUGUUCAUGGUGUUAGGGUCUCUUGUCCUGUGUAAAAAAAAAAACAAAAAAAACGAACUGUGUAUUACUGUUGGCAAAAGAUUUUUUUUCUUUUAAGUGUUUUUAACUGUGACCAAUUUUUAAACCAAAUUAUAUUUAUUUUGACAAAGAA